AUGUCUUGGCCUCUUACCGAUGAUGCUGAGCGAGUUCAGUGUGGAUAUACCUCUCAUCAUAAGACUCCUGGUUCUGCUGGGUAUCAUGAUAUUCGCGGUCUUCGACCAGGGAUUAUGGGUCUUGACACUGCACCCCCAAGCGAGUUCGGUUACGACCAACUAUAUGGGCUUAUUGACGACGUACGGGCAUGGCUAUGGACUAUGGUGGGUUGCACCGGAGCCCACUUUGCUCUUCCUUCAUAUAGGCGCAAGCCGAUGAUUACUUUCCUCAGUUGUAAGUGGUUCCUCUCUGCCAAUGAAUCCAUAGGUGUAAGGAGUCUUUCAGAAUUAGAGUCUGAGCACUCGGUCCAGGUCGCUAUGAUGGCUGCUCGUAAAGCCGAGCUUGCUCAGAAACAGAAGAAAAAGUCUGCCAAUCCUCCUCUCUCAAGCAAAGACGAUGAAGAGCUCCUUCCUACUGACGAUGAUGUCGAGACUUCUGAGGAGGGGUAUGUGGAUAUAGAUAUCGACCAAGAAGAACUUGACGCAGGUAGGACAGCCGACGACCAUGAGUCGCUCGCUUCCUGUCGUGCGAGAUUCAGGCCUGGUGGCCAAGCUCCUACCCAGGUUGAUACACGUGGCCAGUCCACGCACGAACGACCCGUUGGUUCUAUGAGGGGUGAUAUUCCGAAAAAGAAAAAGAUCGCUCAUAAACCACACGUUGGUCAGCGCUCCUAUGAAGUGGAUUUAGGACUUUGCCGACACAGGGAGGAAGGGUUCUUUGAAGAGGGCGAACUCCCAUUGUCUCCCGUAUUCACUGGUUCUGAUAAUAUGGAUAGCUUCAUGGAGCAGAUGUGCGACGCCCUUCGUGACGGUUCUCUGGGUAUCGAUCUAAACAUUGAUCUUGGACAGGUGAAUAGUGUUGAGCCCACCGUUCCAUAUUCAGGUAUAUCUACAUCCGAUGAUACCCUCCUCAAACAUGGGGAAAGAGAAUCUUCUGUUCUUGCUGCAGAUGUCGUGAUGGAAAAGCCAGCUGAGGACGGAGCCUUUCAUGAUGUAGGUUUCGAGGAACAGGGGUGUGCCUCUGUACCAGGCCACCAGAAGAACCGCGGGACCACCCUUUGA